AUCCUCGCUUUAGCAUUUUGACCGCCAUCACCACGAACUGCAUCUCAUUAGCACGCUACCCAACAACAACUCAACAUCAUGGCACCACCAAAAGAGAACUGGGAGAAAUACAACAAGCCCGUCGAUGACAAGGAGAUGGAGAAUAUCGUCGCCUUGGAUGAGGGCGAUAUUGCUUUGCUAAAGACAUAUGGUCAAGGACCAUAUGCCAAAGACUUGAAGAAAUUGGAGAACGAUAUCAAGGAUGCACAGAAGCGCGUGAACGAAAAGAUUGGCGUUAAAGAGUCGGAUACAGGAUUGGCACCGCCGAGUCUGUGGGACAUUCCUGCAGACAAGCAGCGCAUGGGAGAAGAGCAGCCGCUGCAGGUUGCAAGAUGUACAAAGAUCAUCCAGGCAACAGGAGAUGAACCAGCGAAGUAUGUGAUUAAUGUCAAGCAGAUCGCCAAGUUUGUCGUCGGCCUGGGUGAGAAGGUUUCCCCGACCGAUAUUGACGAGGGCAUUCGAGUUGGAGUGGACCGCACAAAGUAUCAUAUUCAGAUCCCAUUGCCACCUAAGAUCGAUGCCUCGGUGACGAUGAUGCAGGUCGAGGAAAAGCCCGAUGUGACCUACAGUGAUGUUGGAGGAUGCAAGGAGCAGAUUGAAAAGUUGAGGGAGGUGGUCGAACUACCAUUGUUGCAGCCGGAACGUUUUGUGAAUUUGGGAAUCGACCCGCCCAAGGGAGUGCUGCUGUAUGGACCUCCUGGAACCGGAAAGACGCUGUGCGCUCGUGCUGCAGCAAAUCGUACAGAUGCAACGUUUAUUCGUGUCAUUGGAUCCGAGUUGGUGCAAAAAUACAUUGGAGAGGGCGCACGUAUGGUGCGAGAGCUGUUUGAGAUGGCCAAGACGAAGAAAGCAUGCAUCAUUUUCUUUGACGAAGUCGAUGCUAUCGGAGGCGCGCGUUUCGACGAUGGAGCAGGAGGCGACAAUGAGGUGCAGCGUACGAUGCUGGAGUUGAUCAACCAGCUCGAUGGAUUCGACUCGCGUGGAAACAUUAAAGUAUUGAUGGCGACCAACAGACCUGAUACAUUGGAUCCAGCAUUGCUGCGACCAGGUCGUUUGGAUCGUAAGGUCGAGUUUUCACUCCCAGAUCUCGAGGGAAGAGCACAUAUUCUGAAGAUCCAUGCGCGGUCGAUGAGUGUGGAGCGUGAUAUUCGAUAUGAGUUGAUUGCGAGGCUGUGCCCGAACAGUACAGGAGCGGAGUUGCGGUCGGUGUGCACAGAGGCGGGGAUGUUUGCGAUUCGGGCGAGGAGAAAGGUGGCGACGGAGAAGGAUUUCUUAGAGGCGGUGAAUAAGGUCAUCAAGUCGUAUGCCAAGUUCAGCAGUACGCCCAAGUACAUGACCUACAACUAAUAGGGAAGCAGGCGACAGCAAGAAGGAGCUGCAAAAUAAAAAGAGGCUCGUUCUAAUAACCAC